AUGGCUCACGUGGGAGACAAUGUUGUAGCGUCCAACAUGGAGCUAGAGAGGUUGCUUAGCAUGAAAGGAGGUAAAGGAGAGGCUAGCUAUGCCAACAAUUCCCAAGCACAGGCCAUGCAUGCUAAGUCCAUGCUUCACCUUCUCAAAGAAGCUCUAGAUGGAGUUCAGCUUCAUGCCACUGACAUCCCAUUUGUAGUGGUGGACCUGGGGUGUUCAUGUGGCGACAACACCAUCAACGUGGUGGAUGUGAUCAUCAAGCACAUCAUCAAGCGCUACGAGGCUUUGGGACUCCACCCACCUGAGUUUUCUGCUUUCUUCUCAGACCUACCUAGCAAUGAUUUCAACACCCUCUUCCAGCUCCUUCCUCCUCUGGCCAACUAUGGAGUUAGCAUGGAAGAGUGCCUUGCUGCCAACAACCACCGCUCCUACUUUGCUGCUGGAGUCCCGGGCUCUUUCUACCGGAGGCUUUUUCCGGCGAAAUCCGUUCACAUUUUCCACUCAGCUUUUUCUUUGCAUUGGUUAUCUCAGUUACCAGAAUCUGUUGUGGACAAGAGGUCAAGAGCAUACAACAAGGGCAGGGUGUUUAUCCAUGGUGCUAGUGAGAUGACAGCAAAUGCCUACAAGAAACAAUUCCAGACAGACUUGGCAGGCUUCCUGAGCUCAAGAUCAGUGGAGAUGAAGAGAGGGGGGUCCAUGUUCUUGGUUUGCCUAGGAAGAACUUCUGUGGACCCCACAGACCAGGGUGGGGCUGGCCUUCUCUUUGGGACCCACUUUCAGGAUGCUUGGGAUGAUCUUGUCCAGGAGGGAUUAAUUAGCAAUGAAAAAAGAGACAAUUUCAACAUUCCAGUUUAUGCACCAAGCCUGCAAGACUUCAAGGAGGUGGUUGAAGCUAAUGGUUCUUUUACCAUAAACAAGCUUGAGGUUUUCAAAGGAGGAAGUCCUCUUGUUGUGAACCAGCCUGAUGAUGCAAAUGAAGUAGGCAGGGCUCUAGCCAACAGCUGCAGGAGUGUGUCUGGGGUCCUUGUUGAUGCUCAUAUUGGUGACAAGCUUAGUGAGGAGCUUUUUCAGAGAGUGGAGCGCCGAGCCACACACCAUGCCAAAGAGUUACUAGAGCAGCUUCAGUUCUUUCACAUUGUUGCAUCCCUUUCGUUUGCUCUUUGAGAAGAGACAGACAAAAAGAAAAGGCUUCUCUAGUUCUCUUUUUCCUCCAUUUCUUUUAUGUUGUUUAUAGUUUUAGUACAUAGUAAGAGUCAAAAGACACAAGAGAGUGACAGAAAAGAGAUGUUCAGCUACCUCUAUUUUCUCCAUCUUUUGAGUGUUCUGUAGUUUCUUUCUCACAUUAUGUGUUUUCUGAAUUCUGACUUGUGUCUCCUUGUAUCUGAACUAAGAAAGCUAGGGAACAUGUUUGCUUUCUUCAUGUACUGGUAGAACAUUGGUUAGUUAUGUGCUGUUAGAAUUUAAAUGUGUAAAUAUGUCUCUCUUUUUAAAGGCUUUGAC